AUGGCAACGACUCAGAAGGCUCUUGGUGACUGGAAACUCACUCUUUUGGAACCCGAUCCGGCCACGCCGUCGAAGAGACGUUCCAGGCGCACCACAGACAACACUGCCCAGCGGAUCCUGCUCAAGCGCGACUUGGACGGGCUCGAACUCAACCCUGGCGAUACGGUUCUUGUUGCUUCUGACGAAGGAGAGCCCGACAUUGCGCUGAUUCGCGACAUCCAGUUUGGAACAGACCAUUUUUUGGAUGUUCGGGUGCUCUGGUUUGCGCGCCUGACCGACAUUGAGGCCGUCGACCUUCCAAAAGACGAAUUUCAUCCAAACGACGUGUUUCUCACCCCAAUCUCGGAUAAAGUGAUGCUCAACGAUAUCAUUGAGAAGUGCGUGGUUCUGUCAACAGAAAGUUUUGCCCGUAUCAAGCUGGACAUAUCAAAUUCGCACACCACGUUCCGUUGCUCGCGAUUUACUGACCGAGAGUCUGUUUUCACGGGAAAAUUGGACUGGGCCGAUUAUUCGGCCAAGAACCCGGAAUCCUUGUACCAGGAGGUUAAGGACCUAACUAGCCCCGUGCAAUCUGAAUCUCCACGCAAAAGACAGCGAGCCAGUCCGCAAAAGCCCGUUCAAAGCGUCUAUGUGGACGAUUCGCAGAGCGACAUCGAAAUGCUCGACUCUGACUCGGCCUACGAGAGCCCUUCCGAAGAGAAGCCCAAGAAACCACCCACAACACCUCGCAAGUCCAAACAGAAACGCACCAAAGCCCAGUCUCCGUCCAAAUCGGCCACCCCAAGGAAGUCGCCACGCAAGCCACGUGACUCGGUCCCCGUGCUCCCGACACUGAUCAGACAAAAGUUCUUUGAGGACGACAACGAGCUUGUGAUCGACGAUGCCGAUCUGCAGGAGGUUGUGGACAGCAACGGGAAAGUGGUGAAGACGUUCCGCAAAGCCAAGGAGCGGUUGCUGCCGUCAGCAAAGCUGCAGACCUUGCCAUGUCGUGAUAACGAGUUUGAUCAGCUAUACAACGGCCUAGCCGACUCCAUUUUGACCCACAAGGGACGGUGUAUCUACGUGAGCGGCACGCCGGGAGUCGGGAAGACGGCCACAAUUCGCGAGGUGAUCAAACAGCUGUUUGUGAAUCUCACUAACGAUAACGAUAAGAAAAUGUUCAACUAUUUAGAGAUUAACGGGCUCAAGCUGAUGUCUGCUCCCGCCGCUUAUGAGCAGCUCUACCACAAGAUCAGUGGGGUCCAUGCCAAGCCUGGUGCUGCGCUGGAUCUACUGGAGACCCAUUUCGAGACCAAAGACCCGAAAAGACUGCCUUUAGUGGUGUUGCUCGAUGAAAUGGACCAGGUGGUGACCAAAAACCAGACGGUGAUGUACAAUUUCUUCAAUUGGCCGUCGUACGAGAACUCCAAGCUGAUUGUGGUUGCGGUUGCCAACACGAUGGAUCUCCCUGAGCGUCUGCUUACUAACAAGAUCUCUUCUCGGCUGGGGCUCACCAGAAUCCAAUUUCCUGGCUACACUUUUGCACAGCUUAGUGAGAUCAUCAAACACCGUUUGGAGAAGAUCGAACGCGCCAACGACAGCAAGCUGGUUAUUUCGAAGGACGCCAUCGAGUUUGCGUCGAGAAAAGUGGCCAGUGUCAGCGGAGACGCCAGACGGUCAUUGGUGAUCUGUGUUCGUGCACUGGAAAUCGCAGAGAUGGAGUUCUUAUCCAAGCCGCAGAGCGAGAGAGACCAGCUUCAAGGCCGGUACAACGUCGGGAUAAUGCACGUGAUGCGGGCCGUGAAUGAAACAACUUCCACGCCUGUGGCCAACUAUCUGAACUCGCUGUCGUUCUUGGCCAAAAUGGUGCUGGUUGCGUUUCUGCUUCGCCGCAAACGGACCGGCUCGGCCGAACUUGCUCUCGGGGAGGUGAUUGACGAGCUGAACAACCAGUUUGGAGUCGUUUUAUUUUCCGAGCUGAAGAGACAGCUCAACGAAGAGCAAUUGGAGUUGGUCCAGGUGCUCUAUGGUGACGGGUCUGCCCGGCUCCGUGUCAAUGGGUUUGGGUAUAUUGUGCGAGAACUCGACGAGAGCGGCAUCAUUGCCCAACAACAGCUGCGUGCCGAACGUUUGCGACUUGUCCGGCUCAACGUCAACGAAGACGAGGUUCUUGGGUGUCUUAAAAGAGACAGUCUGAUGAGCGAGCUGAUGGUGGCAAUGUAA